UGAAGACUGGCAAGUAUCUAGGUCAGGGUCAAUAUCGGGAUCUAGUUCUGAUUCUGAAUCAGAGGAAGAUAAAGAGAAAAACAGUUGUGAAGAGAGUGAAUCUGACUAUGAACCAAAAAACAAGGUCAAAAGCCAGAAACCUCCAAGGAGAAUUAAGCCCAAAAGUUGCAAGAAGGGUGCAGGACAGAAAAAGAGGCAGUUUGAUUCAUCAGAUGGUGAUGAUGAUUAUGAUAAGAGAGGAUCUCGUCGCCAGGCAACAGUCAAUGUUAGUUACAAAGAAGCUGAAGAAACCAAGACAGAUUCUGAUGAGUUGUUGGAAGUCUGUGGAGAAGAUGUCCCACAGCCUGAAGAAGAUGAAUUUGAAACUAUAGAGAAGUUCAUGGAUAGUCGAAUUGGCCGAAAAGGAGGGUAA